AACCCAAGUUCCAAACCAUGGUGUAAACAUAGAAACAUGUGAGCCAUUCAUAAAAAGCAAGACACACACUUUUAUGCAGCCAUCCCUUUUAUCAAACCGCCCCCUGAAAGAACAAGAAAUACACUUCAAUUAACGGAAAAACAAAAAAAAAUGAGGUUCCUCUCCUUUGUUCGUUCAUGAAUAGAGUUGUUCAUUUGCAAACAAUUCCUACCUUUUCGUUUCCUUUCUAUCUUUAUUUUCAUGGGUUGUGUCAGUGAUAAGCGAUGGGAAUCGUUUCCCCAGAUGCUCUCAAGUGGGCUGUCUCUACAAGAAAGCGAAGAUGGAGGCGAAGAUAAAAUGAAGUCUAUACAGUUUCCUUUUGAGAAGGUGUUUCCAGUGUAUGCAAUGGGCUUUUCCAAGCCUGACACUGACUCUGUUGCCAAUUCGGGUUAUGACCCAAUAUGGGAUGCUGUGCGAGAGGAGGCCAAGUUGGAGGCAGAAAAGGAGCCUAUUUUAAGUAGCUUCUUGUACGCAAGUAUCUUGGCACAUGAUUGUUUGGAACAAGCAUUGGGUUUUGUUCUUGCCAAUCGUCUACAAAAUCCUACACUCUUGGCAACUCAACUGAUGGAUAUAUUUUGUGAUGUUAUGAUGCAUGAUAGAGGUAUUAAACGAUCAAUACGCCUGGAUGUGCAGGCAUUCAUAGACAGAGAUCCUGCCUGUUUGUCAUAUAGUUCAGCUUUAUUAUAUCUUAAGGGAUACCAUUCUCUGCAAUCAUAUCGAGUAGCACAUGCCUUAUGGAAGCAAGGGCGAAAAGUGUUGGCACUGGCAUUGCAAAGCAGGAUUAGCGAGGUUUUUGGAGUUGACAUACAUCCAGCUGCAAAAAUUGGAGACGGCAUAUUAUUGGAUCAUGGGACUGGUGUUGUUAUUGGUGAAACGGCAGUCGUAGGAAACCGUGUUUCAUUGAUGCAUGGUGUGACCUUGGGAGGGACUGGGAAAGAAAUUGGUGAUCGCCACCCAAAAGUUAGUGAUGGUGCACUACUUGGUGCAUGUGUGACUAUACUUGGUAAUAUAAAAAUAGGUGAAGGUGCAAUGAUUGCUGCUGGUUCCCUUGUAUUAAAACAUGUUCCUCCACAUAGUAUGGUGGCAGGUACACCAGCUCAGGUAAUUGGAUCAAUAGAUGAGCAAGAUCCAUCUCUGACAAUGAAACAUGAUGCUACCAAAGAAUUUUUCAAAUAUGUAGCCACUAGUUUGAGGGAGGGAAGAUCCAUUAAGCCAUUGGAUCAGGAAAACAAGGAUGGUGGUACUUGAGGGUGUCCAUGGGCCAUCUAUGUUCUCUGCUAAUGCAGUGGUUUGUUCCUGUCAUUAGGGGAGAAUGGGUGUGGUUUGUAGUGUAUCCGAACAUGUUAUAUGUAAGACAAUAAGAAUAGGAUUGCUGUACUAGCCAUGGGUCAUUCACUCAUUUGAUAUUUAUUGUCCCCUAAAAUCAUACCCUAGUUGCUCAUGGUCUCAGAAAGGCAUAAUUCAAUGAAAUUAAUGAAGAAAUACCUGAGUGUGCCUUUGGGUUUUGCAUGCAAGAGCUACACUAGACUUGGAGUGCAGUAAGAUGAAAUGUUGUCUACUAUGCCUGAAAGCCUAGCGUCAAAGGCAUCCAAGUUCAAUGGUUAUUCUGCCUCUGGUGGUGCUGGGUCGACUAACGCUAACUGGCAUAUUGUGGAACACGGCUCUAAUCAGGGCUCAACGCAUCCAAUUUUGAAGGAUAUCACGGCUCUAAUCGCUAUCAUUAACGAGAGUAAAGUCUUUAUUUAACAAAAGUUGAGAUACAUAAUCUGUUGUCUUGUGUUUCCUGUUGAAUGUUCUAUCUCCAACGGUUAAACAGAGUAGUAAUGUUACAUAGGUCCUUACCUUUUAAUGAUGAAGGACUUAAGUUCAACCAUUUUAUUUAUGGUUUCAAUGUUGAAGCCUCAUCAUAUUUACCAAAUAAAGAAAUGAUUCCACCUUGGUAAAGCUUGCAAAAGUUGUUUUGUAAG